ACAGAACCAACUACACCAUCAAUAAUAACAGACAUAGAAGAGAGAGAAGCCCAAGUGUUUGUGGACAAAGAAUUUAGUGCAGAGAGUGAGAACAGAGGAGGAGAGAGAAGAGAAAUGGAGGUUUCUGAGGGAAAGAAAGAUGGUGGGCAUGGAGAGAAGCCUGGUUCAGCGAUUCCCACAGCUGGGUUUGGUGAGCUUUUCAGAUUUGCAGAUAAACUGGACUAUGUUUUGAUGGCAAUUGGAACAGUUGGUGCCUUUAUACAUGGUUGUUCAUUGCCGUUGUUUCUCCGAUUUUUCGCUGAUCUUGUUAAUUCCUUUGGGGCUAAUGCCAACAACGUUGAUAAGAUGGCACAAGAAGUUUUGAAGUAUGCAUUUUACUUUCUCGUAGUUGGAGCUGCAAUAUGGGCAUCUUCAUGGGCAGAGAUAUCUUGUUGGAUGUGGACUGGAGAGAGGCAAUCUACCAAAAUGAGAAUUAAGUACUUAGAAGCAGCCUUGAACCAAGAUAUUCAAUACUUUGACACAGUGGUUCGAACAUCGGAUGUGGUUUUUGCCAUUAAUACCGAUGCAGUGAUGGUCCAAGACGCCAUUAGCGAGAAGUUGGGCAAUUUCAUACACUAUAUGGCAACAUUUGUGUCUGGAUUUGUGGUUGGUUUCACUGCUGUGUGGCAAUUAGCCCUGGCCACUCUGGGCGUUGUUCCUCUCAUAGCUGUAAUUGCAGCCAUCUACACCUCCACAUUAGCCAAGCUAACUGCCAAGAGCCAGGAAGCUCUUUCACAAGCAGGAAACGUUGUAGAACAGACAAUUGUCCAAAUCCGGACCGUUACAGCGUUUGUUGGUGAGUCAAGAGCAUUACAAGCAUACUCCGCAGCAUUGAAGGUUUCUCAGAGGCUGGGCUACAAGAGUGGUUUCGCCAAGGGAAUGGGACUUGGGGCAACAUACUUCAUUGUGUUCUGUGGUUACGCACUUCUGCUUUGGUAUGGGGGUUAUCUGGUUAGGCACCACUUCACCAAUGGAGGACUUGCCAUAGCCACAAUGUUCUCUGUUAUGAUUGGCGGCUUGGCUUUAGGACAGUCUGCUCCAAGCAUGGCUGCAUUUGCAAAGGCCAGAGUUGCGGCCGCUAAAAUUUUCCGAAUAAUCGAUCACAAACCAGGUGUUGAUAGAAACAGUGAAUUGGGUCUGGAAUUAGACUCUGUUACAGGACAGGUAGAGCUGAAAAAUGUGGAUUUCUCAUACCCAUCAAGGCCAGAAAUCCAAAUACUCAACAAUUUCUGCUUAACUGUCCCAGCCGGGAAGACGAUAGCUCUGGUUGGAAGCAGUGGUUCCGGCAAGAGCACUGUAGUUUCCCUCAUUGAGAGAUUUUACGAUACCACUUCAGUUGCUGUGCAGGACAAGUUCUGCUGGAUGGGCAUGACAUAAAGACAGUAAAGCUGAGGUGGCUGAGGCAGCAAAUUGGGCUUGUCAGCCAAGAACCAGCUCUGUUUGCUACCACGAUUAAGGAAAACAUACUCUUGGGUCGAUCCGAUGCAAGUCUAAUUCAGGUCGAAGAAGCUGCAAGAGUUGCCAAUGCCCAUUCAUUCAUUGUCAAGCUUCCUGAUGGCUAUGAUACUCAGGU